GGCGGGUGCGGAAGUGAUUCUGCAGCAAACUUUGCUGGUUUCUCCUCAGUUGUUGAUGUUAUGUUCUUCAAGUACCUCGCAGGGAGCGCGUGCACUCUGCUCAGCGCUGCGACUGCGUUGAAACUCGCUCCAACUGAAGUCAAGGUCCACACAGCUGCACUGCUUCGCAACUCAGUGAGAAAGUCAGCUCUGGUAGAUCAAGCCAACAUGAGAGUGGAACUCCUGCCGGCGCUGAGCGACAACUACAUGUACCUGCUGAUCGAUUCGGAUACCAAAGAAGCUGCUGUUGUCGACCCAGUAGAGCCACUCAAGGUCGUGGAGGCGGUAAGGAAGCAUGGUGUGAGGCUGACAACUGUGCUCACCACACAUCACCACUGGGACCAUGCGAGUGGGAACGACAAGCUGAAGAAGAUGAUGCCUUCGCUCAAGGUCUACGGAGGAGACGACAGAGUGGACGCCAUUACAAAGAAAGUUACUCACUCCAAUAGCUUUAAGCUGGGCUCGCUCAACAUCAAAUGUCUGUUCACACCAUGUCACACCACUGGCCACAUCUGUUACUAUGUAACUAAAGAAAACAGCUCGGAGCCUCCAGCUGUGUUCACAGGGGACACGCUUUUCGUGGCGGGGUGUGGCAAAUUCUUCGAGGGUACUGCGGAGCAGAUGCAUAAAGCCUUGAUAGAAAUCCUGGGCCGCCUGCCCCCUGAAACGCGCGUCUACUGUGGUCAUGAGUACACUGUCAGCAACCUUAAAUUUGCACGGCAUGUGGAGCCAGAUAAUGGAGUGAUAAAGGAGAAGCUUGCGUGGGCGAAGGAGCAAUGCAGCAAUGGAGAACCUACCAUCCCAUCUACUUUGGCUGAGGAGUUUACCUUUAACCCAUUUAUGAGGGUCAAUGAGAAGUCGGUGCAGGACCACGUGAAGCAGACUACUGCUGUGGAAACGAUGAGAAGCCUCCGCAAAGAAAAGGACUCGUUUCGGGUGCCCAAGGAAUAAUUUCCCACCAUUUGCGUUGCUUAAACUGGAUGCUUUAAACCAACAGCUCAUGCUUUAUAUCCAAACAAAUCAUUCUAGAGUCAGUAAAUACUUGGAAUAGAUCAGCUACUUGCAAAAGUAGACCGUUUGAUCAUUCACCUUGGUUUGGUGCAAACUAGCUGUUAGUGUUUUGUGCUUUAUAUGCAAAAAGAGUAUUUGAGUAUAAGACUUGUUUGUUUAAAAAAAAAGUUGAUCUGUAAAUGAUUUUACAGUUCCUAUUAUAUAAUUUAACAUUUUUAAUGGAUGUGCACUUUGAUGUACGUGAACAGAAAAAAAUGAUCUACACAUUGACACCGUUUGAAUGUUUUUAUUUCGAGUGUUGAUAUUCUAAAGCUUAUUGUUUGGUUUUUUGGUUUUUUUUGGGUGAAAUGUUUUGUGCCCCUGCGAAAUAUGAAACGCACAUGCUUUUAAAAACAGAGUAUGUUGUGAUUGUAACCAGCUAUAAAACACUCUCCUCUUCAAAUAUUUUUCCCAAGCAACACAUUUAUUCUUUUAGAGUCGUUGAUAUCUGUUUCGAUGUGUAUUUCUGUAUCAGAAAGAAGAGAAGGUAUUUGGCCAUCUACACAACCAGAGUACUUUUUUUUGUUGUUGCAAUGUUUAAUGUUCAAAUGUUUCCUUUAGUGCUGUCAGUCGAUUAAAAAAAUU